AUGUCAUGCGCUUGCCAAUUUUUGCUCCCAGGAAGUGGCAACGGGAUUCGCCUCGUGGAGGGUUCGGGGUCCACGGGCCGGCUGGAAAUUUCAUCAACCACCCCGUGGCUGUUGACCGAUGGCGAAACGAUUGCCUGGCGUCCUGUGUGCGCCGUUGGGGGUCUAAUUGACAACGUUGCUGCCCAGGAUGGUGCCCACAUGAGUCGAGUCCGCGCUGUUCGCGGUCUUGGGCGGUUCUACGAAGCACCGUCCUCGUUUCUUUAUUGCUUCUCCUUACAUCCUGUUAAGCGCGGGUCAGGUGAUUUGGGCAUUGUUCCAGACUAUCAGACUUGCUGCCGGCGUUGCUUUGCGUGGAGAGCCCGAGAUUGCUGCUGGCGGCAGCGCACCCCGCAAGAAAACUGCGCGUCGGUCUUCGGCGGUCGAACUCCAAAAGCCGUACCAAAGGAGCCGGAUCGUUCGGAGCGCUUUCGGGGCCGCUGGCGACUUGUCAGGGCGCCAUUCGUGUCUGUAAUGGAAGUUGCGCAACUCAAGAACCGUGAAUUGGCUGACCAGGGCAAGAGGAGUCAUGACCCCGUCGGCUAUGUAUACUGCACUCCAAACACUGGUGCGCGGCGGCUGAGUGAUAACGACACCGCGUCAGGACUAGCAAGCGACGCUGGCGCUUCCGGGGAUGAGCAGGUCGUCCAUGAGAGGGGGACUUAUCCGGUGGUCCUCCAAGAAGGAGGCGGCAAGGCCGAGGUUGACUUCGGCAGCAGUGGCCGUCGCCACCGCCAUGCUCGGUCGCUUUUGGCCUCUCUGUACGGCACCAUCAACAUCCCGGCGACCGCGCCGUACCGUUGUCAGUUUCGGCUGGGUGACUGCCCUUACACUGGGCCUUUGGUCGGCAUCGAGUGCUUCACUCCCCCUCCUGGCUCCCUAUCUAUUCGGCUGUUUGGUCCCAACGGCUUUCCGCUGGAGCCCAACCUCUGCCCCUCUCCGGAAGUCUGCAUGUACUACAACCGAGUGGAGUUGCAGGUGCGUGCUCCAGGCAGCGCAUCCGGUGCUUUGGUGUGGGCACCUCUGUGUGCGCCGCUGGAUUUGCACUUGACGGGCCCCGUGGGCGACAUGGUCUGCUGGCAGGUGUACAACUACUUGCCGGGAAAAGUUCGUCCUGAAUUUGUUGUGACAAGCGACCCCAGCAUAACAGGUUUUCCGCUUCCGAACCCGACUGUGGCACCGGGUACGGUAGUUCAGGACCGUGGGUGUGUGACUACUGCGCGCCGCAUGUGGUUGAAACUCUGUGGCGCCAAUUCGACCCUGCCGGAAUCACCGCCUGGGCCACCGUCACAGGGGCCAAUAACUAUGACACUACGGCACGUCGAGUCCAAGAUUUUGAUCUGGAGGUGUCUACCACCCCAUGUGCGCGAGGUGCCUUGUUCGCCGUCGCCUGUUUCAAGCGUGCUGGGCACUAACCGUCUAUAA